AUGUCUGGGCUUGAUAUCGCCGGAAUAGCAGCAAACAUUAUUCAAAUUGCAGAUCUUGGUACCAAAUUAUCAGUCAAGCUCUUCACAUUUUACCGCCAGAUUCAAUCAGUGAACCAAUCAGUUCAAAGUCUAGCCAGUGAUGUCGCUCUCACAAGCGCCAUUCUCCACGAACUGGGGAUGAGCCUAGAUCAAGAUGGAGCAUCUAAGCUCUGCUCAGAACAAGCGCAUGGUAGGAUGCAAAUUGUCAUGAAAGAAUGUGCGGAUGUCCUUCAUCAAAUACAGGGAUGA